GUGAUUAGAUGCCUUCUUCGUCAGCGCUUUGUCUGGUAGUGGGUCCGCCACUCAGCCUUUUCUAUGGGGGGGUCAUACUAUUUAGAAUGAUUCUGAAUCUUCGGCGUCCAUGCUAACUACGCUUAACUCGCAAAAAUGGGGCCGGGUCGGGUGUGGGCGGGGGAGGCCUCGCUGGCCGCGGAUCUUGGCCGUAAGCAAGGGUCGCUAGCGCGGGAAUUCCCAGGCCUGCAGGGCGCGACCCUCCGUGCUCACAAGCUAAGUGCGCAUAGUCCGCCCUCAUUAUUGCCUGUUGCGCCAUUAUGCUGCUGCUUGGGAGGCGCGUUAGCGUCUUCAGUGGGGUUGAAUGUAGGCCAUUUUGUUCCCGAUUCGGAUUAUUAAUUCUGCUGCCAUUUAUUUUUUCUUUUGGGGCAAUUGUUUUAUUUCAGACGACCGAGUUAAAAGUAGGAGCCUUUAUUGGGGUUAUAACGGCUGUUUGUUAUUUGCUGUUUCUUUGGCAGCAAGCUAAUCGCCUGUUGGGAUUCCUAGAUGUUUUUGGAGUACCUGGUUGAAAAUUCAGAUUAUUGAUGUGUCUGCUGGUUAGUCUUGAGCGCAACUCUUGUUGACGCUCUGGGGUGAUUGGGAUCUACUCCCUUACAGAUAGCCCUGCGAAGUAGUUAUCAACUUGGUGAAGUUAAUUUAUAAAGUGUAGUGACCAACGUGGAUACCCCGGGCGGUCACUCUCCCCGGGCUCUGUCCUGGUGGCGUAGGGGAGCAUAGGGCUCUGCCCCAUGAUGUACAGUCCCUUUCCACAACGUUGGAGAUGAAGCCGGGCCUCGAGUCCGCGCCUGCAUAUUCCUACAGCUUCUCAGAGUCCUGUGGACAGUGACUGAGGAGACAAACCAUGCAGGAAACAACUCUCUAGAGCAGCCUGUCUGAAUCUAGGUUGAUCCGAAGUGAAUGGAAAAUUUGUUUUAAGCAGUUUGGGUGUAGUACUGGAUUAAAGCUCUUACCUGCCUUGUUUUGCAGCAUUCGUUUGGGAUUUCAAAUAAUUUGAUUCGGGGAGAGAAGAGGAGCCUUGCCUGACUUGUGCAGUUAACAAUGCUUUGUUUGGCAGGGAGAUUAGUAAAGACAGGAAGAUGCCACCCAAGCGUAUAACUAAGAGAAGGUCAUCCCCUGAAGAUGCCCUCCCCAAAAGCAAGAAGGUGAAGGACCCUCGUAACCAGGCAGCGAGGGCCGUUGCCUCCCGCCGUGUUCCAGGCGCCCGCUCCUGCCAAGGUGCCUGCGGGCUGAGCCCUCCCGACCAGAAAGCCCGACCAGUCUCACAUAGGUCCCACAACACAGAACCGGGUUUGGUGCUGACACUGGGCCAGGGCGACGUGGGCCAGCUGGGGCUGGGCGAGAAUGUGAUGGAGAGGAAGAAGCCAGCCCUGGUGCCCAUUCCAGAGGACAUCGUGCAGGCUGAGGCUGGGGGCAUGCACACUGUGUGUCUAAGCAAAAGUGGCCAGGUCUACUCCUUCGGCUGCAAUGAUGAGGGUGCCCUGGGAAGGGACACAUCAGUGGAGGGCUCAGAGAUGGUCCCUGGGAAAGUGGAACUGCAAGAGAAGGUGAUACAGGUGUCAGCAGGAGACAGUCACACGGCAGCCCUCACCGAGGAUGGCCGUGUCUUCCUCUGGGGCUCCUUCCGGGACAAUAAUGGUGUGAUCGGGCUCUUGGAACCCAUGAAAAAGAGCAUGGUGCCUGUGCAGGUGCAGCUGAGUACGCCCGUGGUGAAGGUGGCCUCAGGAAACGACCACUUGGUGAUGCUGACAGUUGAUGGCGACCUCUAUACUUUGGGCUGCGGGGAGCAGGGCCAACUGGGCCGCGUGCCUGAAUUAUUUGCUAAUCGUGGUGGCCGGCAGGGCCUCGAACGACUCCUGGUCCCCAAGUGUGUGAUGCUGAAAUCCAGGGGAAGCCGGGGCCAUGUCAGAUUCCAGGAUGCCUUCUGUGGUGCCUACUUCACCUUUGCCAUCUCCUCUGAGGGCCAUGUAUAUGGCUUUGGCCUCUCCAACUACCAUCAGCUAGGAACCCCAGGCACAGAAUCUUGCUUUGUACCUCAGAACCUGACAUCCUUCAAGAACUCCACGAAGUCCUGGGUGGGCUUCUCUGGUGGCCAGCACCAUACGGUCUGCAUGGAUUCGGAAGGCAGAGCAUACAGCCUGGGCCGGGCUGAGUAUGGGCGGCUGGGCCUUGGGGAAGGUGCCGAGGAGAAGAGCAUACCCACCCUCAUCUCCAGGCUGCCCGCCGUCUCCUCGGUGGCUUGUGGGGCCUCUGUGGGGUAUGCUGUGACCAAGGAUGGUCGUGUUUUUGCCUGGGGCAUGGGCACCAACUACCAGCUGGGCACAGGACAGGAAGAGGAUGCCUGGAGCCCCGUGGAGAUGACAGGCAAACAGUUGGAGAACCGUGUGGUCUUAUCUGUGUCCAGUGGGGGCCAGCACACAGUCUUACUAGUCAAGGACAAGGAACAGAGCUGAUGAAGCCUCUGAGGGCCUAGUUUCCGGCCCCCCCCCCACCUCCCUCCUGGAACAAGGAAGCCGUGAUGUCUACAUAUUCCAGCAGGCCUCUUCCAGCUCCAAGUACUCUGUCAUCUCCUGCCUUUUUCCCAUCAGCAGAAAAGAAUCCUUCUCUUUUUUUUCCCUCAUUUUCCGGAAUCAUCCUGGGACCUACAGGAUGAGGGUGGGAUAGAUGGAAGAGGGGAGGGGGUUUUAAUCAGAAGGAACAUUGCUGACCCCACAGCUAUGUGGUUAGACCUUUCCCCCUCAUCCCUACUUCCCAUGGUCCUGGCUGACCCUGGUUUUGCCUAUCAAAAACCAAAACUUCCUCCCCUGCGUGUUUGGUGCCCAUACUCUGAGAAGUCGGGACUCCAUCAAGCCCUGCUCUAGUCAUGUGCCACUCUUCCUGUCCUUCACAACCCACAGACAGACAGAUGGUACAGUCCUGAGACCCAGCUGUCAUGGACCUAUAACUGGAGAAGGGGCAGGGCUACCCAGCCAUGGGCAACCCCAAGCCAAAUAUUUGGCCCUGAACAGGUGCCCAUGGGGCAAAAAGAAAAACAGUGAUCCUCCGAUUGAUCAAGAAAAAAGCCAAUCAGCCUUUCUCCCAGAAGCACAAAGCAUUCUGCCCUUCAGGCCUUGUCUGCCCGAGUCUCACCCAUCCAACCUGCCUCACCUGCAGCCAGGGGCCUGAAAUCCAGAAAAGAAGCUAUGCCUGCAGGGCAGGACCUCGGGGAGAGGGGAAGGAGGGCUUUAUAAGCAAACUUACAGCAAUAUUGAGAGUGAAGGGAGGGCGGGGAAGAGGGUUGGAGGGGCAGAGACUGGUCCCCAGAAAGGGAAGCAGUAGCUUGUACAGUGGCUGAAAAAAUAGAAGAGUAUUGAUUUUUUUUUUUUAUGUAUUUUGAGGGGAGAGUGAAAUCUUUUAACACUUUGAAUAAAUUUAAGAGUUUUAUAAAA